GAGAAAUCCGCGCCAACGAGCAGAGACCAGUUGAGCGCGAGACUCCGAGCCGAACGGUUGUACGCACGGACACAGCCCGGCACCCGAAUCUACGAUAUCGUACGACGCAUUUCGCAAAUUAAUUUCGUCUUUUCGAGAUAUUUAUCAUUGUUCCGUCGCUGCCUCUUUUCCGAAAGGGUUAAACGUAUUUCGGACUUGUGACAAGUGACACGUAAUCGCAUCAGUGGUGAUUAUCGACGUGACUGCCAAUCAUCAUUCCAGUGUGGACUUCUCUUGUGGAUUUCUCACUUCGCAUUUUCAUCAAAGGAGUUCCGAGUGGCAGGGAGCAUCGUGUCGUCUUACGGUGAUGCAUCACUGUCGCGACGAGCGCGUGAACGAAUCGACUGGCAAAUCGACGAACCGAUCGCCGAGUAUAAUGCCCGCGUAACGAGCAACAAGAUCAGAAGAGAGUGAACGGAAGCUAGGAAAAGAAGAGGCUGGGAAGACCAAGGUGUAGCAAAUCUUGGAGCGCCAUACACCUACCCAUAUACACGCAUAUACACGCGCGCAAGAGGAUCGAUGAUCGACGGUUGGAGCGAGUAGCGGCGAAAACUGGUAAAUGAGUUUGGCCGUAACGCGUUGGCCGUUGGAGGAGCUCGCGUCCGCUGGUCUCCGCGGCAAGGACCACGUACCCGCGUACCGUGGGUACGGCAGGAACUAGGGAGAAGACCAUCGCCAAGAUAAAGUCAGUGGGAGCGGUGAUCCAGGAUGCGCGGGAACGGGUGGUGCCGUUAGUGGUGUCAAACGGCUCGUCGGAGGGGCGCGUGGAACGGGGAGGGGGCCACGAACACGGGGGCCCCCUGAAGGAGGGCCUCGAGCAGCCAUCGUCGGCGCUGCUGCUGCCCGGUCGCGGCGUGGAUCGUCGUGACGAUCAUUGCGAGCGGUGCGCGGAGGACGUUGGGGGCGAGGACGCGACGGAUGCCGGUCGACGGGCCACGGUGGACGAGCAAUCGAGUCGGGGCGUAAUCGUCGGGGGUUGGUCGAAAGGCCGCGAGGCGUCCAGGGGCGAGGAUCGAGGCGGUGGCGCGGCAUCGUCGAGCGAGGCGCCCGUGUUGGUCCAUCGGUGGCGCGAUCAGCAGGCGGCAGCGUUGGAUCUGCAUUCGGUAGGGGGGGAGAGCGGUGGGUCGGAGGUGGUCCGUUCGAAGGCGCGGGCGAGGAACGGUUGCCCGCCGGCAGCGGUCGUCGAGAGCGGUCUCGUAGGCGAGGAGACGUUGUUGGAGAGGAGGGGGGUGUGCUCGGCGCAGAGGCAGAGCAGAGGAUCGUCGAGCGGCGGGAUCUCGGGGAGGCAUCACGCGGAGAACGCGCGUAGGGGCACCGCCGCCGCAACCACCGCCCCCAACAACCGGUCGUGUCGGGUUCAUGGUCGAAGGAGGGAUCGGUCACGGGGAAAAGCGACGGAACAGCGACACCCGGUUGAGAAUACGCGGGAUUUGACGUCGAACGAGUACGAGUGUUCCGUGAUACGAUUGGAACAGGAUCCUAUCCUCGAGCCGGUGAGGAUACUCGGUUGCCCGCCGAGCGAGGGGUUGGAGAUCUCCUCGUUCUUGGAGCCGGCCCCGAGUUACGUUUACCAGGGGAUCAACGUCGGUCGGCUGGCGGGGAACGAGGCUGCUUGCUUCAGCCUCUACGACCCGAACAAUAUUCUGCCGAAGAGCCGCGCCGGGAGCAUCGCGAAAAUCCUCGAGGGGCCUAAUCGUGCCGUGAAGGACAUUAACAGGAAGGUGUUGGCGAUGGCGCGUGCCAUGACGCCUGCCUGGUCGCUGCGUUUGCUAGGCGUCAGCUGCGGUUCCGUGGUCUGCGCCUGGGGACUCUUGCUGAUAUUGUCCGUGCUGGGCGGUGGCGCCUCUCACGGUACCGCCCUCGGUAGCUUCGGCCUCGGAAGUUUGUCGGGUGCGAUGGAGGACAUGAACAGUGCAAGAUGCCCGUGGUUGUGCACGUGUACCGGACAAGAGGUCGACUGCUCUCAUCGUGGCCUCACGCAGAUUCCCGGGGACCUGGUCACAUUUCUCGUCGCUGAAAAACUGGAUCUCCAAGGGAACAAUAUCUCGGUGAUAUUCAAGACCGACUUCGAGGACAUGGCUACGCUUCACGUUCUUUGGCUAUCGAAUAAUCAAAUUCACACCAUUGAAAGAGGUGCCUUCCAGGAUCUAGUUGGUGUCGAGAAGCUGCGCCUUAACAAUAAUCAAAUACGUCACCUACCCGAUCUUCUCUUUAGCAACAUGAUGAAUUUAAAGCGUCUAGACCUUAGCCACAAUCAAAUCGCCACGAUUGGACCAAAGACACUCAGAGGAAUUUCAUCUUUAAAAUAUUUAUUACUCGACAACAAUGUGUUAACCUGCAUCGAUGAAGCAUCAAUACGAGAAUUGAAGGAUUUGGAAAUACUAAUGUUGAACAAUAAUAAAUUAACAACAUUAGGGAAGGAAAUGUUGAAUGGCUUUUCGCAUUUGCGGACGUUGAAACUGGUGGACAACCCAUUAUCCUGCGAUUGCCACUUAGCCUGGCUCUCUCGGCAUUUAAAAAGUUAUCCGAGACUUGGCCAACACACAAAAUGUGCCUCUCCGAUUCAUUUGAAGGAUCGAAAUAUCGCCGAUGUACAGGAGCACGAGUUCAAAUGUUCUGGGCCGGUUGAGCGUACGGGAUCAGAGUGCAGCGCGGAACCGCAAUGCCCGCAUCCUUGCAGAUGCGCUGAUGGUAUCGUCGACUGCAGGGAGAAUUCUUUGACGAAAGUACCCACUCAUCUCCCGGAGGACACGACCGAAUUACGUUUGGAGCAGAAUCGUAUCACGGAAAUUCCGCCCAAGGCUUUCUCCCCGUACAGAAAACUGCGUAGAAUCGACCUCAGCAACAAUCAAAUUAAAAAGGUGGCGGCCGAUGCGUUUCACGGGUUGAAAUCAUUGGAAUCACUAGUAUUGUACGGAAACAAAAUCACCGAAUUGCCCAGCGGAUUGUUCCAAGGAUUGACCAAUUUGCAGUUACUGCUGCUGAACGCGAACGAGAUAUCCUGCAUACGAACCGAUCUGUUCCGAGAUCUGACCAGCCUCACUCUGUUGUCCCUCUACGAUAACAACAUCAGAUCCCUGGCCAAUGGAACUUUCGCCAAUCUACGAAGCAUUGAAACGCUACAUUUGGCAAGGAACCCGUUCAUCUGCGACUGCAACCUGCGAUGGCUGAACGCGUAUCUUCACGCGCAUCCCAUCGAGACGUCGGGAGCCAAGUGCGAGUCGCCGAAGAGGGCGCAGAAGCGGAAGAUCGAUUCGAUGCGGGACGACAAGUUCAAAUGUAAGGGCGACGAGGAGCUCUUGACGAAGAGAGCUGGCGAGUGUAUCCUGCCUGGAGAGUGUCCAGAUCCAUGUGUUUGCAACGGAGCAACCGUCGAUUGUUCGAACAAGAAGCUCACUUCCAUACCGAAGGAAUUGCCUAUUUAUACGUCCACCCUGCUGUUGGCCAACAAUGAGCUGGAUAAGAUCAAAGCUGAUGGCCUGUUCGAGAAGUUGCCCGAGUUGCAGCAUUUGGACCUAAGGAAGAACAAAAUAUCGCGCAUCGAGGCAUCCUCGUUUCAAGGCGCUCACAAGUUAACCGAUUUAUUGUUGUCGGAGAACAGGCUGAGGGAGGUUCACAACAAGAUGUUCACCGGGCUGACGAAUCUUAAGACCCUGAACCUGCACGGGAAUGCCAUAACCUGCGUUAUGCAAGGCUCGUUCGACGGAUUGACGCAUAUACGCACCAUCAACAUGCAAGGCAAUCCUUUGUCGUGUAAUUGUCAUCUCGCGUGGUUCGCCGGAUGGUUGAGAAAACGCGAAACGCCGUUGUCAGGCGUCGUUGGACACUGCCACGACCCACCAAGAUUGAAAGAUGCGAUCGUCAAAGAUAUCCCCCAUCACGAGUUCAAGUGCAACAACGACAGCGUGGGUUGCCUAGGAGACGAUUACUGUCCACCCCAAUGUAAUUGCGCCGGCUCGGUGGUGAGAUGCUCGAGAUCUCAGCUUACGGAGAUACCACGUGGGAUUCCGCCGGAAACCACCGAGCUGUAUUUGGACGUGAACGACAUCAAGACGAUCCAGCCGGAGAGGCUGAACCACCUGAGGAUUCUCACUAGACUGGAUCUGAGCAACAAUCAGAUCGGGAUGCUGUCCAACGAUACCUUCAGAAAUCUCACCAAAUUGUCCCACUUAAUUAUCAGCUACAAUAAGUUACAAUGCGUCCAACGUAACGCUCUGGCCGGCUUGAAAUCGCUGCGGAUAAUGUCUCUACACGGUAACGACAUAUCGGUGAUCCCGGAGGGGGCGUUCGAGGAUCUUCAAUCUAUAACCCACCUCGCUCUUGGGUCCAACCCGCUCUACUGCGACUGCAGCAUGCGAUGGUUGGCCGAAUGGGUGAAAAAGGAUUACGUGGAGGCAGGUAUAGCGAGAUGUAUGGAGCCUCCAGCGAUGAGGGACAAGCUGUUGCUCACGACACCUGCGACCGCAUUCCAAUGCAAAACCAGCCAACAGCCAGCCGAGGUCUUGGCCAAGUGCGACCUGUGCUACACCUCGCCAUGCCAGAACGGAGGAUUUUGCGAGGCGCUCCCGGACAGGAAGUUCCGUUGCAAGUGCGCGCCAGGAUAUCAUGGGGACAGGUGUGAACAUAAAAUUGACGCGUGCUAUGGAAAUCCUUGCGGGAACACCGGAACUUGUAAAGUAUUGGAAGAAGGAAGAUUCAGUUGCGACUGCGCCCCCGGGUACAAGGGACUUCGAUGCGAGAACAACGUCGACGACUGCGAGGACAACAAGUGCUCGAAUAACUCAACCUGCGUCGACCUCGUACAAGCCUACAGAUGCGAGUGCGCCCCAGGAUUCAUGGGCGAGUACUGCGAGGAGAAGAUACCCUUUUGCACAAAAGGGCACGACCCCUGCGAGAACGGGGGCCGGUGCGUCGACCACGGGACCCACUAUAGCUGCGAAUGCCCAAUCGGCUUCACCGGCCUUAAUUGCUCCACCAACCUGGAUGACUGCGUUGAUCAUAUGUGCCAGAACGGUGCUACUUGCAUCGACGGCAUAAACAAUUACGAGUGUAAGUGCGCGGCGGAUUACACGGGGAGAUAUUGCGAGGCCGCACCAUCGACAGUCAUGCUCUACCCGCAAACCAGUCCGUGCGCGCAUCAUGACUGUCAGCACGGUGCUUGCUUCCAACCCGCUCCCGCCUCCGCCGCGGACUACCUUUGCCAGUGCCACCCCGGCUACACCGGAAAACGAUGCGAGUACCUGACGAGUUUGAGCUUCGUGGACAACAGCUCGCUGGUCGAGCUGGAGCCGCUACGCACGAGGCCUGAAGCGAACGUGACGAUCGUGUUCACGACCACGCAGGAGAACGGGGUCCUCCUCUACAACGGCCAGAAUGGCGAUCACAUUGCCGUCGAGUUGUUCAACGGCCGUGUAAGGGUCUCGUACGACGUUGGCAAUUAUCCAACCUCGACGAUGUACAGUUACGAAAUGGUCGCCGAUGGUAAAGCCCACGUGGCCGAGCUUCUCGCGAUCAAGAAGAAUUUCACGAUGAGGGUCGACAACGGCGCGGCUAGAAGCAUUAUCAACGAGGGUCCUAAGGAAUACCUGAAACUCGUCGCGCCUAUGUACGUUGGCGGCGUCGCGCCCGAGGUCGCCAACGUAGCGUUCACCGAGUUUCAUCUGCGGAACAUCACCAGCUUUCAAGGCUGCAUCUCGGAGAUGUGGAUCAAUCACAAGUUGGUAGACUUCAGCAAUGCAGCGAAGAUGCAUCGCGUAACUCCCGGAUGCAUGUCAAACGAGGAAGAAGCUGACGAGGCGCGAGACGUCGUGGAAGCGGAAGGAAUUAUGGGCAGCAGCAACGAGGAAUCAUUGCCACAAGAGGGGAUGGAUCACGAGCAUUCCGACAUCGUUAUGACGGGACCUGGCACGAUAAUUUCCGAUCCGUGCACGGGACACGAGUGCAGAAAGGGGUCACAGUGCGUGCCAUCACCGAUCGGAAAUGGGUAUACGUGCCGGUGUCAAACUGGGUGGCAAGGACGGUAUUGCGAGAAAGCACCGACGUGUCGCAAGGAGCACACCAGGGAGUAUUACAGCGAGAAUGGAUGUCGGAGUCGGCGACCAGUAAAACUUGCCAAGUGUUGGGGUAGUUGUGGCAACUCUUGCUGUCUGCCGAGGAAAACGAAACGGCGCAAGGUACGGCUGAUCUGCGCCGACGGGAUGCGGUACACGAAGGACGUCGACCUGGUGCGCAAAUGCACGUGCACCCGGAAAUGCUACUAGCCAGGACCGAAACACGCCGAGCGCCACAGGUGUUCCAUAAAUAAGCGUCGAGACGUAUCGAGACCGAGAGGAAACCCCCGAGAACCGUUCAGACAGUGCCCCGAUUCGAACUUUCUACGCGAGCGGGUGAUGUGGCGAGAGCCGAUCGCGGAUCCGUGGAGGAUACGUGGACUCCCCCUCGGCGCGUCCUCGUCGAACGCGUGACGAAAGUCUAAGGGGGCCGCGGGACUGCCAGGCCGAAUGAAAAAAGUAAAAAGAUAAAAAGAGAGAAAAUAUUAACGAAAGGUAAAAAACGAAAAAGAUGGACACACACACAUACAUACACUCGCAAAAAGAAGAAUAAAAAGAAGAAGAGGAAGAAAUAAAACAGCACACAGCCGGCUCAGUGUGAUAUUAUUAUUCGAAAAGAAAACGUGGAAGAAAGAUAUUAUAUAUGUGCGCGCGUUUUAGGAUGGAACUAAUUGAAUAUUUGGGAGAAAGAGGGAAAAUAUCGUGGGCAUACGUGAAGUAUAGGUAUUAUUGUAUUGAUCGACGUAUGCUCGACGAUCGGAGAAAAAUUGGUUGGAGAGAACACGGAGCGGAGAAACGUUGCGUUCCCUGAAACAUUGUGUUCCCUUCGAUACCACGAAUCGUUCGCUCAGUGUGAAAUAGAUCUAAUGGAUUGCGAUUGGUAGUUGGGUGGUAGUGGAUGAAGAAGUUGAUAUUGAUCAAUUUUUGUAACGAAUUACAUCACGCUUAACGAUUAUCGAUCUCUCAGAGAAUCUCCUUCUCCUUCGACCCCGCCGAUUCCCGAGUUUCGUCGAACUCGGGGAGGGGAAUUUUAUCAUUAGCUCGAUGAAUAAUAAUGAAUGAAACAAUGGUUUGUAAGAAUUUUCGUAAGAAAUGAUCGUUCGUAAGGGAACAUCUUAACGUUCUCAAAUUCUCAACAUUUUGUUGCGUGGCACCGCGCAAGCUUCGGUUUCUCGGUGAGGAUUUAAUCUCUGAGAGAUCGAAAUUUCCGCAAUUUCGAAAUCCAGUUUCCAUCCGGGGAAUCUGAUGAAACGGAAUGAAAGGCUUUAGGCUUUUUAGAAGCGUGCUGAGCUUCGCGCAACUAUUUUCCUUGAAUAUUUGUAAUUGUAAUUAAAUACGGAGCAAAUCGGCGAGAGACGAAUGAAAGAGAGACGAGAAAGGAACGAGCAGCGUGUUAUUAAAAAAAGACAGUCGCUAAGUUAAGUAUUAUUAAAGGCGCGGUGUGUAACGGAGUUUUUCGUGUUUCUUUGAAAACAAAAUUUUCCCCCAAUUUAAACUCAAUGAAAACUCGAUGGAUUGUUGUGUUAGGUCUAUUGUCCUCUGAGUAAACGUUUGUAACAAAUACAAGUUCUCGAACAAGGCAGUUAUGCAUCGAUGAGCGAAAUGAUGAUCGGUAUCUGGCAUAAUAUAUAUUAAACGUACACACACACACAAACAUCGAAUGAUCAAUCGAAAAUGAAACAGACAAUUACCAUCAUUUCGAUUCCGUUUCGUUUACUCUAUUUUUAAUUAUUCUCUAAUUAUCGUUUAAGCUUACUAUUUCUACGAAGAGUUAACCUCUCGGGAUAUUUAAUAAUGGGAUAAUUUAACGCGGAGAAACAGUAUAUGUAAUGUGUAAAAAAAAAAAAAGAAGAAGCGUGUUUCUUGCCUCCUUUAUUAUUAAUUUCGUUGCGACAUUGGCGUUCUAUACGAUUUUCUAUCGAACAAAAAUUAAUAAUAAUAAUAAUAAUAAUAAAAAAAAAGAAGCAGCUUCGAGGUAAAUUCUAAAACAAAAAAAGAAUCUGUAAAUAGAUCUAAAACUAGGUUCCCUCUCGCGACGUGUAAUAAAAGGCAAGAAACGAUCAAGGAUGAUCGAAAGUCUCUCGAAGUGAGAGAGACGAAAAAGCGACUCGAGGAGCCUCGAUUCUUUCAUUCCACGGCCUAAGGUACUGUUCUUCGAGGUUCUUGUCGUGCGAAUCGCACCAUCUAGGUGUCACGUUUUCAAAGGGGGGGAAAAAACAGGUCGAGAGAUUGGGCGACCGUUUGUAGAAAUGAACGAAUUUUUCUAGAAACGGAAAGGAACGGGCGUAUAGUUGAAGUGAUUGAAACAAUCCCCUUGAUGGCCGAGGAUAGAGGAACGCGUAAUUAUUUUUGUAUGAGAGGAUUAUUUAAAUGAUCGAGCGUCGACGACGAUUUUCAGCGAUUGUUUUUUUCAUCGGGGUGGCGUGAUUCGUUCGAAACUAACUUAAGAAGUCCCUCUUAAUGUUUCCCGUAUAUUUAAAAAAAAAAGAAGAAGAAGAA